CAAUUUCACUUCACCAGUCUCUCUCUCUCUCUCUCUCUCUCUCUCUCCGCAGCUGGUAUGUCGUCCCUCUCGUCCUUCGCCGCAAUUUCCACUCCUCCUCCUUCUCUCAAGAGAGCUGCUUCCUUCCCUUGCCGCCCCUCCUUGCAUUUCCCAUUCCCCUCCAAUAUUCGUUUUUGCAGGUUUGGUGUCAAGUGCAGCUAUGCAGAGGCAAGCACUAAGGAAGAUGGUUACUCUUCUACGAUUGAUGUCAUUGCUGAUGUUAAGCCUGAGCGGGUUGUGGUCUUAGGAGGCAGCGGUUUUGUUGGUUCUGCCAUAUGCAAGGCAGCUGUAUCCAAGGGUAUAGAGGUCAUGAGCCUAAGCAGGUCAGGGCGUCCUUCUUACACAGAUCCAUGGGUAGAUCAGGUCACUUGGAUGCCAGGGGAUGUUUUCUAUGCAAACUGGGAUGAAGUGCUUCCUGGUGCUACUGCAGUGGUUUCAACAAUCGGAGGUUUUGGUAGUGAGGAACAGAUGCAAAGGAUAAAUGGCGAGGCUAAUGUUGUUGCAGUAACUGCUGCAAAGGAUUAUGGAAUUCCCAAGUUCAUCUUCAUUUCAGUCCACGAUUAUAAUCUACCAUCAUUUCUACUCUCAUCUGGAUACUUCACAGGGAAAAGGAAAGCAGAAUCAGAGGUUCUCUCCAAAUAUCCAACUUCAGGUGUCGUCUUAAGACCAGGUUUUAUAUAUGGGAAAAGGCGGGUGGAUGGAUUUGAGAUCCCUCUGGAUUUGAUAGGGCAACCAUUGGAGAGAUUCCUGAGUGCCACGGAAAACUUCACCAAGCCAUUGAGCUCACUCCCAGGUUCUGACCUAUUCUUGGCCCCGCCAGUUAGCGUUGACGAUGUUGCACUUGCAGCCAUAAAUGGAGUCGUCGAUGAUGAUUUCUUCGGCGUUUUUACGAUAGAGCAAAUCAAGGAGGCUGCAACCAAAGUGAGGGUUUGAUACAGACUCCUAAAGAACCAACCACCUAUACAGAUAUCUUUCAAGCAGGUCCAAGUAACAUUAAGUUCUUGGCUUCGUAACCCUUUGCAAAAAGCACAUUUAUGUCUUGUCUGAUGUAAAGCCUUUUGAAUUUGCUUAUACAAAUUCUUUGGGGCAAAAUUUUUGCAGCUGGCACUUGCAUUGGCUUAGCCUCCAUUUGAUGUCUCACUAGUCAGCUUUUUU